AUGGGUAAGAAAAUGUUGACACAUAAAGCUAUUGAGGAAGAGACAAAAGAUGUUGAACGGUCAAAAGGACAAGAGGAUAGGCUCGACCACGUGCGGCGGGCCAACACGGCGGUCCUACAACCGUCGCCGUCGUGGCCAGAACCAUUGAGCUUUUCUCUUGUCACUUUCUCACAUCGGGGUCCA